UACCUUUCUAAGUUUCACACGAUUUUGAGUUCAUCCAGACUUAAAUUCUUUUUUUUCUUAGGGUCAGCUAAGUGAGAGUCUUGCAGUUGAAGCAGAAAAAAUUAAUAUGCAGUCUCGUUUGUUGGUGUUCUGACAAAAUGAUAAGAAUGAAAUUCAUAGAAGGCUGCCUACAAAAUAUAGCAAAUAAUAGAUCAGUCAUCAUGUCUAUGCGUUUAUUACCUAAGCUGUUCUCAUCCUUCCAGCAAUUCAGAGGAAGCAGUGAUACUCAUUCAGUGACAUUGUGGGCAGAGAAAGAACAUAAAAUGCUGAAGCACUUUUUCAACAAUCUCAUAACUUAUACUUCAAAUAGGCAUAAUAAUAAAAACCCAAU